ACCAUAAUCACAUCAGCACUGGCAUCCACCACGAGGGCGCGCAACAGGGCAGUACAGCAGUAGCAAGGCGCGCUCCAGUCUCCAGUAGUAGCUCCUAUCAUCAUCGGGCUCGUCCUCGGAGCUCCGGCAGGCAGGCAGCAGUCCAGUCUCAGCCCCUCUCGGCUCUCAGUCCACGGCGUUUGACUCAGCGCUGGCUUCUCUCUUCCAACGCUCCGACUUGCCUGUCAGUCAGCUCCUACGCCGAAACCAAGUGCAUCCCCCACCGCCAAAAUGUCUAAAUUGGACCAGGUUCUCAUUCUCGACCCACCCUCCGACCUCAGAUUUAAAGGUCCGUUCACAGAUGUAGUGACCACCACAUUGAAGCUGAGUAACCCGUCGGACAGAAAAGUGUGUUUUAAAGUGAAGACCACAGCUCCACGCAGAUACUGUGUACGGCCCAACAGUGGAGUCAUCGAGGCGGGGGGUAGCGUCAACAUCUCAGUCAUGCUGCAGCCCUUUGACUAUGACCCCAACGAGAAAAACAAACACAAAUUUAUGGUUCAGACCAUUUUUGCACCGGCGGCCAUAACUGACAUGGAUUUUUUGUGGAAAGAAGCCAAACCCGACGACCUCAUGGACUCCAAACUCAGAUGUGUGUUUGAGAUGCCUUCUGAAAACGAUAAAGUGAACGACAUAGAGACGAUCAAAGCAACAGCCCCGGUGGUGAACUCAGUGAAGGCAGAACCCAUAGCUGCAUCACUGUCCGGCUCUGGGGACGACGCAGAGGUCAAGAAGGUCCAGGAGAAGUACAAGAGACUACAGCAAGAGAACAGCAAGCUCAGCGAGGAGCUCCGGCAACUAAAGGAGGAUAACCUGAGGAUGAGGAAGCUGCCGCGCACAGACCACAUGAGUUCCAACUCCACCGGGCUCCUGGCCAGAGAAGCCAGUGUCACCUCCCUGCCCUCACUCUGCGUCGUCAUCGCAGCCAUCUUCAUCGGCUUUUUCCUGGGGAAGUUCGUCUUGUAAAAUAACAUCAACAACAACAACAAACAACAUGUCUCCCCAAACUUCGAGAAAUCUGAAAAAAACGGGCUCUACGCGACAACUAACAAGUCCUGGGUUGACUUUUACCAUAUCAUUUGGUCUGGCGUGACCAAUUCAGCGACAUCAUUUGAAGUUGUCUUUUUUACUCUGCUCUCACAGUUAAAAUCACAAAAAGCAAAGAGUCUGAGAAAGUCAACGAAAUAUUUUGUUUUUUUGGAUGGAUGAUUUUGCUGAUGACAUAUGGAAAUGGACAAUGUUAAAAGCUAUGUCAGUACGGAAGCGACACCCAUGGGCGCGCGGCAUUCAGAAAAGAUCAUUUUAAUAACUAAUAAUUUUCCUCGGUUUUUAAUAGGAUAUGGAAUGUCAGGUGUCUUGUAUAUGUUAUUUUAAAAUCCUUUUAGACACGCAAGGAAAAUUUCAGUUGGAAAUAAGCGGUUUUGAAGGGGGAAAUUGGCUCAGUGCGCAACAACUUGGGCUAGUUCUGGUUCACUAAACUGUGAGAUUGUGUACCUAUUCGGAAUUUAACUAUUCUCGCUCAAAUAAAUUAAUAUUUAAUGAUUAUGCAACAGACAGAGUGAUAUUGAUGGAUACUCCUGACAACAGAUUAAAGAAUCACUAAUGUAAUUUUUCUGCUUGUCUCCAUGGAGAUGUCGUUGCAUUGACUGGAAUCAACCGCAGUAUGGCAUUGAACUUACUCUCCAAUGUGUUCAGAUAUAGAUGUUUUCUUGAAACAUGCAUCUUACUCUGAGUAGGGUCUCCUCUCCUCAGAUAUCAGCUGUAACAUGGUCUGAUGACAUCGCUUGUUCAUCUCCAUGGGGAUGGUUAAGUUCAGAGCCUUACUGUGGAGCUUUCCAGGCAAAGCAAUAAUAAAAGAAGAUGGCGGACUCUGCACUAGAAAACACAUUAUAAACCUUUAUGUAGGCUUGUGUAAAUCGGUGAUGACUUGAAGACUGUAAUUUAAGGUAAAGGUACAGUUUAUUGUCCCAGUUGAGAAAUUUGCUCUCUGCAUUUGACCCAACUGUCAAUGCCGCUGUAGUACACUAAAGAAAUUCUAGUCGACUAAAGACAAAACCUGCUGUUUGAUUAGUCGACUAAACAGUAAAAGCUAUUAUGCAUCUCUAUUUAUCUGACCUAAACUGCGCUCACAAGCCUAGACCUGCAUGCGAGUUUGUACAAAAACGGUUUGUGCAGAAAAAGUACUAGGAAACAAUGUAUGUAUAAAGCGAUUAAACUUGUGAAUCAUGAGUUUAGUCUCCCUUUUUACAUAUAAAUACCAAAUCUUCAGCUACUUCACUCACCAACUUCCCCCUUAUCUCAUAUAGAACCUUAUUAUCGAGGUAAAAUGAUUGUCGACUGCAGCCGUAAUUCUUUGGCCCCAUUUCCAGAUCUUGAGCAAGGUUCAUGGACAGGAGUACCCAGCUAACUCCAUACAGAAAUUUCCGGUAGUUGAACCCAGGACCUGUUUAGGUAACUCGUGUCACUGUGCCAGUCUGAUAUCAACUUGUGGUUAAUAAUUAGUAAGUUAUUUAUUUUCAUUGUAAGGCAUUAAAAGUGCACUGUGUGUAACUUUUUUGCUGGGUCCGCCAUGUUCUUGUCUCAAUGGGGAUAGUAUUUUUUUGCCUGAAAUAUUCCACAUGACAUUAGACAUUUAUCUCCUUGGAGACAAGCCGGUCAGUUCUGUGGAGAGGCAACCCUGCUCACUGUAAAAAUGCAUGCUUUCAAUGUAUUUUUAGCAAUGAAACUUGUAAUUAAAUAUAAUAUGGAUAAGAUUAACUUAUACUUUGUAGUGAUAUCACGCUGGGAGCUUCUACAUGUAUGUCUGUGGCAGAAUGUUCAGCGGUUACCGUGGUGACACAAUCCAGACAUUAGCGCAAACAGCCUGAUAAGUUACAAAAUGGAUUUAAACCAUUUCCAGCCGCCUAUGAUCAAUACGAGGGUUCAUAGUCCUGUUUAGAUGUUUGAUUUUCAAAAAAAAGGUGAAAGUAACAAACUGAAAAAGUGCUGGCUAAUGCUAGCUAGCUUGGGACUGUAAUGUUAUUUAAGAGGGACUUGUUUAACAGCACAAAUCUGCUCACCUGUUGCAGUCCCAGCCAAGUCAGCUCUUUUUUGCCAUGGUGUUAAAACAAAGUCAGAUUAAAGUCUAACUUGAGUCCUUCAGACAGAGCAGUGCCUCUAGUUAGCUUCCCCCCCCAGGGAAGGUUUAUGACCUCAGCUGCAAAGUAUUGAUACUAUACUGUGGAACAUUCCAAGCAAAAGUGGCAACAUCUCCAUGGAGACAAGCUGGCAGAUGCUCCACCUGGAAAGUUACAUAGUACACCCUUAAGUCGGGGGAAAAAAACCUGCCUUUAUGAUCAGAGAAAGAGUGAUAUUCUUUUUCUUUCCAUAAGUAUUCAUUGUGCAGUCCAAAACAUAAAUCUUAAAUAUUUCUUUAACUUGAGCGAGACUUGAAUCUAAAAGAGCCGUUUAUUUAACCAAAAGCAGCCGGGCGUUGUUGUACAUGGCCAUUAUCCUCCAUUUUGUUUGAUUUGUGCUUUCUACACGUCUUGAAUGUUCAGGUCCAGCUGGGGAUUAUAGGUGCCUCUCUUGUACAUUUCUGUCUACUCCUUCCUGACCACACCAAUGCAGACUUUAUAUAUAUUAUUAUUAUAUUAUUAUUAAUAUUAUUAUACAAAUCCUAUAUUCCUUAUGAGGCGAUUAUUGACUGAACUAUGGUCUCCAUUGUUACAAUCCUGUCCCAUGGUAUUAAGCAUUGAAGAAAUAAAAAUGAAAAAUGUGGUUUUGAUACCAGCCUC